AUGACCGACCUCGAGGAGCUUCACUACUUUCUCGGUAUCUCCAUCAAAAGGAACACCUCUGGCCUAUUUCUCAAUCAAUGCAACUACGCGGCGGAUAUACUUCAUCGCGCUAACAUGACACACUGCAACCCUUGCACAACUCCGGCCGAUACUCACACCAAACUCGAAGCCGCCGUUGGUCCCUCUGUUGCAAACCCAACGCUCUACCAGAGCCUCGUCGGCGCCCUGCAAUAUUUAACCUUCACUCACCCGGACAUCUCUUUUGCCGUCCAACAAGUCUGCUUAUUUAUGCAUGAUCCACGUGAGAUUCAUUUUAAAGCACUUAAACGUAUUCUUCGGUAUGUUAAAGGCACGCUUGACUUUGGACUCCAGCUAUAUCCGACCACAUCCACUGGUUUAGUUGUUUACACUGACGCUGAUUGGGCGGGCUGUCCUACGACCCGACGCUCCACUUCAGGAUACUGCAUCUUCCACGGUGACAACCUCAUUUCAUGGUCUGCCAAGCGUCAGCACACCGUCUCCCGUUCCAGUGCUGAAGCCGAGUAUAGAGGCGUCGCAAAUGCCGUCGCGGAGACAACUUGGCUUCGUAACAUUCUCCUUGAGCUCCACCGUCCUUUGUUAAAAGCCACCUUGGUAUACUGUGACAACGUCAGCCCCCUGUAUCUUUCUUCCAACCCAAUCCAACAUCAACGCAUGAAACAUGUCGAGUUCGACCUACACUUUGUGCGUGAAUGUUGCCCUCGGCGCUGUCAAGGUUCUACACGUUCCUUCUUCACACCAAUAUGCGGACAUCUUCACUGA